GAUCUACUACUGUUGGUUCUCUGUGCAAGUGAGCUCUUCUUAGGGGCAUUUCCGUGAUUAAGUGGAGGACUAUGGGCCUUCUUGAUCAGCUCUGGGACGACACCGUCGCCGGGCCUCGCCCAGAGACCGGUCUCGGCCGCCUCCGGAAGCACUCGUCCUUCGGCUUCCGCCCCAGUUCCGGCGGCAAAGCAGAGGGAGCAGCGGCGCACGGAGGGAUCGCCCGAUCGGAGGGCGGCGGCGAGGAUGUCGAGGUGAGGGUGACGCGGAGCAUCAUGAUCAAGAGGCCGGCUGGGUGUCCGUCGCCGGGGAACGCGACGCCGCCGGCAUCGCCCGCGGGAUCCACGCCACCCAUCUCCCCCUUUUCCGGAGGCAGGGAGUGGAACCGGUUUAGGAGGAAAUCAUCAUCCGAUGCAUAUGAAAGAGUGGUGGGAGGAGGAGGGGAAGGAGGAGGAAUGGUGGGUCUUGGAUCGCAGAAUCCUUCUCCUCCUCACGAGGUUUGAGCUGUGCUGAGCACCCUCCUCUUCCAAUAUUGCUGUUAGACUACUACCUGCACCAUGAGAGGUAGAGAAUCACAGAGCAAAAUGAGGCAGGCAGUGCAGGUUUCUUUGCUCCAUGUACUAAUAAGUUUAUGCUUGUAAGAUUUAGUAGUAUGGGUGGUGAGAACUUGGAGAUGGAAGUCUCUUUUUACUGUACAGGGUUGGGGGAAGCUGUUUGGUUGGUGUGGCUGUGUUCCUUCUUUUCCAGACAAUGUAAUAAAAGCUUGUGAUGAUGGUAGCUGGAAUGAGAUAUGUUGGUAGUGGCACUUAUCAACUAUGUUAUGAUCCCUUUUGCAUA